GCUCCCAAUUUCUUCUCCCUCACCACCACCAACCCAUGCAUCACAUCACCAACGCAGCCGCGUCACCCUCCAACCAACACACGACACACCACCCAUCCCGCGCCUUGUAAACACCUCCGUCGCACUCCCUCUCUCCUAUCCUCUCCAUCCAAACCCGUGACACCGCAACCUUUCCAUCAAAAAGAAAGAAAACAGAGCAAGCAAACAACCAUGUCGUUCCUCUUCGGCCGCCAACCCCAGCUCUCCUCGGAGCAGAAAAUCGCCGCCGCAGAGGCCGAAAUCGACAUGGUGUCCGACAUGUACUCUCGACUAGUAUCCUCCUGCUCCAAGAAAUGCGUCGACACGGCGUACCGCGAGCCCGACCUCAACAAAGGCGAGUCCGUCUGCCUGGACCGCUGCGUCGCAAAGUUCUUCGAGGUGAAUGUCAAGGUGAGCGAGAAGAUGCAAGGGGAGGCGCAGCAGCGGCAGGGCGGUGCGGGGGGUAUGUUUGGUGCGUAGGGGGAUGGGAAGAGAGGGAUAAAACGGGAUGGCGGAGAGGAAGGGGAUGGGAUGGUGAAGGAGGAGGAGGAACAUAGAUAACUAGUUGGUUGCCGUGUACGAUAUGUUUCAGGAUGGGUUGGAGUAUAUGUCGCGGUUUUUGAUGCUGUGGGAUGCAUGGGCAAGAUACUGGACACUUGCUUUUCAGAGCAUGUCUAGGACAUGGGCAGGGCGCUGGCACCGAGGCCGGUUAUUCCGGACGGCAGGUUUAUUGGAAGGAUACGAGAAGGAGGGACUCUGUACUAUAGACAUACACUGGUUUGAAUUGUACAUCCAUACUUGGACCUCUGAAUGCCACGACGAGACCCAGG